GAGACGGAGACAGAGACAGACCUCAGCUCAGUCCUGCGGCUCCCAUUGGCUGGCACUUUGUACAAAAUCCAAGUCAAGCACUUCACUCACAACACACCAACAAAUCCUAAAGGCGUUCAUGCAGCCUCCUCCUCUUCCUCCAUCACUGCGCCGCUGUAGCACCGCUUCAACACCCGAUGUAACCGUUCAGCGUUUAACUUUUAGCCGAACUGUUUUUCUGCCUCCGGAGACGGCUGCUCCUUUUUCUGCUCCUGCUCCUGCUUUUGGCUGCUUUUGCGCUUUUUCAUGCGGCAGGGCGUCGUUUGUCUGCGCUGACUUUUACCAUAUCUCCUGGAGAAAACCGAGCAGACAAAGAACUUUACAGCCACCAAUAUUGAGGUAAGUUUUACUUCUAAUAUCAACAUUUAUUAAGCCGAUAAUUACAAUAAUAGCAGUUUAUUAUCGACCUAGAUCGAAAUAAGGAUCACCCUGCCAAACAAGUACAAUUAAACCAAGAGGAAAUCACACCUGUUAUUGAAAUGUAAUUACAGAGAUUUGAUUGUUUUAAGAAAACGCCAUGUAUGCUUUGAUGAAGGCUGCAUUUGAACCGAUUUUUGUGGGGGCAGAGAGUCCAAGUUUGUGUCCCUUUUACAGAAAUCUUAAGGGUAUAAUGCACGAAGGAGUAAAUGGCUGAAGUUAAAUUAUAAUGUCUGAUAGCAGGAACAAACCAACACUAAAAACUAAUUUAAAGCCUUUUUUCAUACUGCAGUCCUGCUUUUUUAAACCGUGGGACUGACAAUUUUACAAAUUUUGCUCUCUUACUGACUGAAGCAGGUGCUGCUGUAGAUGAGGUCUGGCUCCAUAUUUAAGGAAUGAAGUUUCAACCUAAAAGCUGCUUAUUUCACCUCACACGCAGAGCUUUGGCCUCAAACUUGAAAAUAAAAGAAUAUAUUAAUAAAUAAGUCAAAUUUGGAGAACUGGUGCUUAAAUCUGCACCAAGAAGAGAGAAUAUACAGGCCUCGUGUAUCGACAUAUACUUCGGGCCUUUUGCUCUCUCUUGCUUUCUUCUCCUUAUGCAAAGACAAUCAACCAGCAGGUCAUUUUUAAUAUGACAUCAAGUGGCAGAUUGUAUUCAUGCGUAAAAAUCUAAAGUUGAGCUCAGUUGAAUAAUUAUUUUAAGAUUUACAUUUCCUCAAUGAUUUUUUGCACAAAGCUGAUGAUCAUCUUCGAUUAUACAAAAAGGCCUGUGUUUAAAUUUGAUCCUAUCAUCAUUUGUAGUGUGGUUUUCAGGAGCCUGGAGCAGCUCGGACCACCAUGUUUCCAAAGUCCAACUCUCCGUACAUGCCACUCAGAUUAUCGCGUUAAUUCAUCACCAGAAAAGGAGGAAAAAAAAAACAUUUAUCAUAAUUAAUUCUCGGACAGGGAGGUUGUUAUUGAGCUGGUGUGUGCAACUGGUUGACGGGUGUGUUUUAAGUGUGACAGAUUGGGAUGAGGGGGUUAAAACCGUUGGAUAUUGAAAAAAAGCAACUAAUCAAGACGCUCAGUGGGGAUGAGGGCUGAGGGUCACUGAAGAUGAAGUGUCAGCACUCACACAUCCACCGAUCAACGUCAGAGAGAGAGCCUUUAUUACUCUUGGAAUAUCUGAAACAACUGCAGGUUCAGCGUGGAAGCGUGUGUAUUUUUUUCACAUUAAUUAAUUAUGUCACCAAAGCAAAUAAUUUCCGGAUUAUUUUUUUAUGAUAAAAAAGAAAAUAAUUUGCCCCAAACUGCGUUGAAUUCUGGGCCUAAUCUCGUUUAAGAAAGAUAUUUGAGACUGUUUUUGACGAGAGGAAAAAUGUGAUUUGAUUCGGAAUCAGGAGUGAACUUUGUAUUUCUUUAAGGAUUAUAUUUUUCCAAUUUAUUUUUCCACAUCUCAGGGUUUUCACUAAGAUGGAGCAAAUAUGUGUGUAUGAAAAAUUCAAACACAUGAAGUAUUUUUUUAUCUGUUUAUUUUAGUAUAAUUUUAGGUUUUCUUUUGUACUCCCAGCAGCCGUAUCACUGAGUUUCCAUAUUUGACUCUUUUAUCCAGGUAGCUGUGUUUUAAUUUAACUCUCAUGCAGCAGUUGUAGUGCGGUUAUUGUUUUUUGUCUUCGAGGGUGGAAAAGGGGGGUAGAAACAAGGACAGCUGGAGAUGUGGCUGGUGUUUAUAAAAGGAGCGCCGUGCGUCUUGGAGCGGGUCUAUUUCACCUCAACGACAUGUCAAAAUGAUCCAGCUCCCCUUCAAAAAGUUCCUCUUCAUCGAUGUCUUCCUCUCUCGUCGUUCCUGAACAGGUGCCUGCUGUAACACGGACCACAGGGCGCGCAGAGGAAACCAAGUACACCUCGGGAGCUCCAUCAAUUUUCAAAAUUUUCUCCAACUUCAGCCCUCAGACAAACAUUAGCAUGAUGUCGUAUCUAAAGCAACCACCUUACACGGUCAAUGGGCUCAGCUUAACAACUUCCGGGAUGGAUCUGUUGCAUCCAUCGGUGGGCUAUCCGGGUAAGUUUGGAGGUUUUUAUCUAAACAAGUUAACGAAAAUUAACAGCCUGGGGAGCAGGGGGUGUUACAGAUUUUAUUCUGCAUCUCCAAAUUCUAAUUAUUGGGUCUAAAUUUGUCAGUGCACAAACGGACUUACACUCAUUAUUAGUAUUUGUACUUGAAACUGAAUAAAGUACUUAUUUUAGAAAAGUUCUUGUGCAAAAUUUUGAGGAAAUGGAAGAUUAAUCUCGUGUGAUUUUAUUUUAAGAUGUGCCUUUUGAGUGAAGUACUGAAAAAUGCUUUGAUUUUUGCAAACUGCAUCAAUUUAUGGCACAUUAGUGUUAAGUACGUCAAGUGCUACAAUUUGCCCCCGGCGUCUGAGUCUCACAGGACUCGUGCGUAAUUACGCAAACAACAAAAAACGCACAGUCUGUGAUUCGGUUGCAGAUCUGUCUUUGAUGGCUUUUGAUCUUCUUUAUUGCUUUUUUUAAAUGGAUACGUAACUGACGUUUUUUUUUUUUAUCUUUAUUUUCUUCUCUUACAUUUGCAGCAACGCCACGGAAGCAGAGGCGAGAGAGGACUACUUUCACACGCGCACAGCUCGACGUUUUGGAGGCGUUGUUCGCAAAAACUCGAUAUCCAGACAUAUUCAUGCGCGAAGAAGUGGCCCUGAAAAUUAAUCUACCUGAGUCCAGAGUACAGGUGAGUUAACCGACAGUUGUGGCAUGUUGGGAGAGUAAAUUUUGUGAGGCACCAGAUUAAGUGUGGUCAUUAUUAUAAAAAAUUAGAAGAAGAGGAAACAAUGCGUUAUUAUAGUUCAUACAGGGAAACCAAAAAAUAUUAGAAAAGAAAAUGAAAUAAAAGCGACAGAAUGAAGCUGGUAAAAAAAUUAUAUUGUAUCUGAAAUGCAUGAAACACUCAUUUUCAGCCGUGUCUGACAGCAUAUCUGAAGCACAGGAUUUUGAAUGCCUUGAAUCAAGUGGAAAACUUUUGCCAGUGGGCUGAGAUAAUUUCACUUAACGAAGGGUACGUGUUUAGAGAAUUUAAGCAUUAAAAUACCACCGAUCAGUAUGUUGACUAGUUUAAGAAAAGUCUAAAAACAUCUGGAUUUGGGUGUAAAAAAUACGUUUUAGUCACAGGUUCAGUGAGAAAUUGAUGUUGUUUUAAUGUUUGUGUCCCUGCGUUGAAUUUAGGAUUAAUGGCCACAUAAGUAAUGGAUAUCGUGGUUAAUUUAAACCCCCUUGGUGCCUCUUUCAGGUCUGGUUUAAGAAUCGAAGGGCAAAGUGUCGUCAACAGCAGCAGCAGCAGCAAAACGGCGGCCAGAAUAAAGUCCGACCUGCCAAAAAGAAAAGUUCUCCGACCAGAGAGGUUAGCUCGGAGAGCGGUGCCAGCGGUCAGUUCACGCCCCCUACCAGCACCACUACCGUCCCCGCCAUCUCCACCACCACCGCCCCGGUGUCUAUCUGGAGCCCGGCGUCCAUCUCCCCGCUCGCAGACCCCCUGUCUACCUCCUCCUCGUGCAUGCAGAGGUCUUAUCCUAUGACCUACACGCAGGCCUCGAGCUACAGCCAAGGCUACGCAGGCUCGACGUCCUACUUCGGCGGCAUGGACUGCGGCUCUUACCUCACUCCCAUGCACCACCAGCUGUCGGGGCCCGGCUCGACCCUCAGUCCGAUGAGCACGAACGCGGUCACGAGCCACCUGAACCAGUCCCCGGCGUCCCUCUCCAGCCAGGGCUAUGGGACGUCCGGUCUGGGCUUCAACUCCACAGCGGACUGCUUGGAUUAUAAGGACCAGGCGGCGUCCUGGAAGCUGAACUUCAAUGCCGAUUGCUUGGAUUAUAAGGAUCAGACAUCCUCGUGGAAAUUCCAGGUCCUGUGAACAGAGCAAUCAGGUGUCAUUAAAAAAAAAAUGAAGUGCACAAACAAUGACGAUCACCCCUCAAAAAAAACCCACAGGACUUGUUAGCACGAGGCAGGGCUCUCAGUGGCCUCGAGAUGAUCUUUGGUCCUCCUAGAGAGAGGAGAAGUUUAAUUUAUUUUAGUACUGGCAAAGAGAUUUCCCCCUCUGUCACAGGUUGUAGCCCCUCAUCUAUGUCUGUCAGUGUGCCUCUGUGCGUAAAAACACCUGUUGAGGACAAAGUUAAACCACAGCCACGGAACUAAUGUUGAUCCAAGAACAAAACUCACUUCAUUGUCCUGCUGGGGAUGGACAAACCUUGAAACUUUUCACACUACUUUGCCCAGACUACAGGCAGAGACACAUGAGGACGGUGUGUGGACAUGGAUGCACUACUUUAUUUAAGAAAAAGUGUUUAUAAGGAAUCAAUAUGUAGUUUCUAAGAGACAAUCAGUGUGUGUCUUAUAUAAAUGGUACAUAUGUGUUUUUUUUUAUCUGUGCUAGCCUUCGAAACUGUGAUCUGUUGUAUUGUAUGCAAUUUGUGAGCCCCCCCUCGCAUCAGACUCUCUGCUGUGAUUUUAAUAGAUUUCUAACUUUUCUUUUAAACAACGGGAGGAUGCUGAUGGUUCGAUUCCCCGGCAUCGCAAAGAGAGACAAGACUUUCCGAGCACAUGGUAGUGAUAAGUUAAGGGUUAGAGACCCACUGGAAGUGACUCUCGGGCCGCUGAGAGCUCCACUCUUUUGCUCCCUCCCCCCCUCCAUUGAUUUGAGCACACGGUGAUUGUGGGUCCUUCUCUGGCUCCAAAGAUGGUGUGACCUCACCGCUGAAAAAGACAUGAAUAAAGGUCCUGUGAGCUUAUCUCUGUCAUCGAGAAACAAUCUGUGUGUGAGUGUGAGUAUGUGGGCGUGUGUGGAGAGGAGGAAAAUGGAGUUAAAACAUCUAAAGGAAAUGUGUGGUUAAAAAAUUUGGGAUUUUUUUUAGGCUGAAUUUACAGAAAUAUCCAAAAUCAAACAUGGCACAAAAUACAAAAAUGGUGAUAACAUUAUAACAACAACCUUUUUCAUAAAAUUCAUAAACAUUUUUUUUAGUCUCAGAAUGUAAACUCGAUGCUUAAAAUCCUGGUGGUCAGUAGUGUUGUAUUGUGUUAAUUAGCCAAUAAUUAGCGCCAUAAUUACGCACAGACAUGCGCUAAAAGUCUAUGUUAUGUUCAGUAUUUCUCGUUGAAAUUUCUGGUUUUGGAGUCGACUGCUGUUGCAGUAAAAUUACAGAAAACAGACAAAAACUAGUUCAAGGUCCGUUAACGAAAUCAAACAAAUUCUAAAGUGGGCUAAAGGAAUAAAUAUUGGGUCAUGGGUGGCGUUAUUAACAUUCAUUUGAUCCCUUUCUUAGUUUCCGGUGGCUCACUUCAGAUUUUCUCCACAAAGAGAGUGCUCGCUUUGUGAGGGCACGUUUUAAUCCCGGCCUCCAAGAGAUGUUAAUCCCAAUUUUUUUUUUAGCGCCGGGGGUUUCUGUGGGGCUGCAGUGGUCCCCUUUCAAACCGCACACCGUGUGGGUUGGGCCUGAUCCCCCAAAAUGUGCGCGAUAAUGCCAUGCGUAAUAUUUCAUCUAAAAGGACAGAGAAACACAACGUUGUUUCUGCGCGAUAGUUCAGCUUGACGAUCGAUCGAGAAGCUGCACUCGGUUCUUUUAAUUAUGAGUUUUGAGGGCCGCAAAUGCGCCACGGCGGUUGGCCCCAAUAUGAGGCAAACGGAAGGAAACACUACUGAGCAUCUUUUAUUGAUUGAAAAAUUGUGCAGAUAUAAUGUUUUGUGGUGAUAGAAUUGAACAAACUCGCACAUUAAUAGUCUACUGUCUGUCUUUAUUUAACUUCGAUGGGAAGGUAGUCGAAAAUGGCGCAAAAGCUGAAUUUUUAAAACACCUUUAUCUAGACUUUUUUAAAGAUAUAGGAUCAGACUGCAUGAUAAGAAUGAGUUGAUUGAAAGUUUUUUUGGUUAUGAAGUUUGUUUUUAAUCUUCUCAACAUCAAGUGCGCUCUCUAAAAGAUAAAGCUCCUUCUUGGCACGGACAGAAGGUUACACCUGCUCUAAUGAGUUUGUUUGCGUUCACUCCUGCUCUGGAUUGAACGUUGCACCGUCAGCCUGUGACAUGAGACAAUGCGGUGAGAGCGGCUGUGGGGAUGUGUAAUGAGUCGACAUGGCUCUGCAGAGGGCUAAUUGUUAGAAGUCCAACAUUCAAUUAGCAUCCUUGACAUUGCCAAUAAUCUCUCUUUCAUUGGAGGCUGCGCUAAAGGAGAGCUCUAAUUAAAAGCGUUGCUUGAAAUAAUCGAAGCGUUAAAAGAGAAGAGCGACUUUGAUUCCACUCCUGCGUGGACUCAAAAAUAGGUGUGUGUGUGUGUGUGUGUGUGUGUGUGUGUGUGUGUGUGUGUGUGUGUGUGUGUGUGUGUGUGUGUGUGUGUGUGUGUGUGUGUGUGUGUUUAAAGUGGUUGGAUUGUACUUUAGAAAGACUCAACAACACAAUAACCCGUCUCCAUAACUUAUUCAAGGGUGAAGCAGAAGUACUACAUGUUCUUUUUCCACUCAUCACACAAGCUGAUUUUGAGCAUUAUAAUAUUCAAGAAUCAAUUAUAAUAUCUCCGCAGUGCAACGCCAAGUGUAGCAGCAUGCAUAUACAUCGUUAUGGCGAUAAACAAUGCAACAAUUGAGAGUUGGAAACAAUAGCUGAGGCUGACAGAAGCCUGAAUAUUCAUGAGCUGCGUCUGAGAGCAGUGUCAACAGCUCCUUCAGACAGACUGCUGCAGAAAAAGACGGAGAGAAAAAAAGAGGGAAAAAAGGGGGAUUGAGGCUGCAGGGUCACUUUCAAAUGUCAGCUGUUGAAAAUGUCACAACUUAAAAAGGACUGAGAAAGAUGCAGCAAAGUUGACAAGAGGAGGGAAAGCCUAGGCCUGAAAGACAAAUGAAUAGGCCUACUUAUCCAAGAAAAACCUACAGUGUAUAAUAAAGGGGGCCUACAUUUACCUCCACAUAUAACAUAGUUGCUGUAAUAGGUAACUGAAGUGUUAAGUGUUAAUUUCCCUGUCUUAUACAACACACACCCUUGACCCUCAUCAAUGAUCAUCAAUACUUCUAUCAGCUGACACACAAUGACUCCAUCCUGCAUGUUAUUGUAACCCUCAAGCUUUGAGCCCUCAAAAGUGCACAAGUCAUGAUGAGGAUUAGACAUCCGGCUUCUACAGUACUUCAUACACAUCCAUAUAAUGAGUUUGAAUCAAGAGCAAGGCAGUACUAGGGAGCAUAUGGAACCAACAGACGCAGCAUUAAUUCCUCUUGGUUUGUGUCGAACAGCGCCCCUUGUCCCCCCGAUCCCCCUGGUCUAGUCCAUCACAAACAUCCUUCAAAACCAUCACAAGUCUAGUCAGAGCUGCUGGUCACACAGGCAGCAAGAGGAAGUCAUGGCUCGAGUGACUUUAAGCGUUCUCAAGGUUUUUUUUUUUUUGUAAAAGGACGACAGCUGUUUUUAUCUAAAGUAAGUAAUUUAAGUCAAGCUUCGAUCCACUCCUGCUGGUAAACUUUCAGUAAAUAAAAAGCCUAAUUAUCAACAACAAAAAAACUCAUUGUUAUUCAAAAAAGACUGAGAAAGAUCAUAAAAAGUUCCCAGGAAUGUGGGACAGUUUGUCAAAAUGAUAGAAAUUAAUUUAUGGCAAUCAUAAAAAUGAGCCACAAAGUGUUUGUUUGGUAGCCUGCAUGGGUUGCUUCUUGUUAUAUACAGUAUCUGCGUGUGUUUUUAUUGCAAGACAUUGUAAUGAAAUUAAAAAUAAAAGCAAUAUUGAUGUGGAAAAAUGUGCCACCAACUCAUAAAAAAAACACAAAUAAAUAGUAUUUUUUAAGCUAA